AUGCUCGGCUCUGAGGUGCAGGUGCUUCUCGUGGUCUUGUUUUCCUCUGGGCUGCUGGUGCAGGUCAGCGGCGCCCCCCGGGCAGACAUGCUGACACUGGGAGCAGAGCUCGCUGACGACAAGGAUCUCGCUCACUUGCUCUUGCUGAAGUUCAUGUCCGAGCUGACGGACGCGAGAGGAGGCGAGAUGCUCCCCGAGCUGGAGGGGGAGGGAGGAGGGGAGGAGGGGAUAAUGAGGCGACAUCUCCCCCUCACCCAACGAGAGCGGAAGGCAGGCUGUCGCAACUUCUUCUGGAAAACCUUCACCUCGUGUUAA